AUGUCCAAUUUGCAGGUUCUCGCUCGCCGCUGCCCUGUCAUGAGCAAAGCUCUGGCUGUCCAGAGUGCCCGGAUGAGUGGGACUAAGCGCUUCACCUCUUCCGCGGCCGGUGUGCCCACCAUGAAGCCCCUCCGCGCUCCGACUGAGAAGCGGUCGCUGCACACCACGGGUGGUCACCCUGCCAGCGUUGCUCCGGGCUCCUUCGAGAAGAAUGAGCAGGUUCACCCUAACCUUGCUCGCCCGCUUCGUGCCGCCCCCGCCGCUGAAGCCGCAAUUCACGCCCAACAAUCAGCCACUGCUCCCACCGCCCAAUUCGACUACAAUGCAUUCUACAACGGAGAAUUGGAGAAGAAGCACAAAGACAAGUCGUACCGCUACUUCAACAACAUCAAUCGCCUCGCCCAGGAGUUCCCCCGGGCCCAUACCGCCUCUACCGAAGAGCGCGUGACGGUCUGGUGCUCCAAUGAUUAUCUCGGUAUGGGACGCAACCGCCAAGUGCUCGAAUCCAUGCACCGCACACUUGAUACUUACGGUGCCGGUGCUGGUGGUACCCGUAACAUCUCGGGUCACAACCAACACGCAGUGCAGCUGGAAGACACCCUGGCCAAGUUGCACGGAAAGGAGGCCUCGCUCGUCUUCAGCUCGUGCUUUGUUGCCAACGACGCCACUCUUGCUACUCUUGGCAGCAAGUUGCCCGAUUGCGUGAUUCUUUCCGACAGCCUCAACCAUGCUUCGAUGAUUCAGGGUAUCCGUCACUCUCAGGCAAAGAAAAUGGUCUUCAAGCAUAACGACCUGGUGGACCUGGAAACGAAGUUGGCUUCGCUACCGCUCCAUGUGCCCAAGAUCAUUGCUUUCGAGUCCGUGUACAGCAUGUGUGGAUCGAUCGCCCCCAUUGAGAAGAUCUGUGAUUUGGCUGAGAAAUACGGUGCUAUCACUUUCCUGGAUGAGGUGCAUGCCGUUGGCAUGUACGGACCCCACGGCGCCGGUGUUGCCGAGCACCUGGAUUACGAGGUUUAUGCUUCGCAGGACACUGCUUCUCCAAAGAGCACCAAGGGAACUGUGAUGGAUCGUAUUGAUAUCAUUACUGGUACCCUGGGCAAGGCCUACGGAUGUGUUGGUGGUUACAUUGCGGCCUCUGCAAACUUGGUCGACACUAUCCGUUCUCUCGCACCGGGCUUCAUUUUCACUACGUCUCUCCCUCCUGCUACCAUGGCCGGUGCCGACACCGCCAUUCAGUACCAGGCUGAGCAACCCCGUGACCGUGUGCUUCAGCAGCUGCACACUCGUGCAGUGAAGUCUGCCCUGAAGGAUCUGGACAUUCCCGUUAUUCCCAAUCCCUCGCACAUUGUGCCCCUCCUUGUCGGCGAUGCCGAGGUCGCCAAGCGCGCCUCGGAUAAGUUGCUCGAGGAGCACGGUAUCUAUGUUCAGGCCAUCAACUAUCCCACUGUUCCCCGUGGCGAGGAGCGUCUGCGUAUCACCCCCACUCCCGGCCACACUAAGGAGCUGCGUGACCACCUGGUUCAGGCCGUGCAGGCCGUUUGGAACGACUUGGGCAUCAAGCGUACCAGUGACUGGGAGAAGCUCGGCGGUUUCGUCGGUGUCGGUGUUGCCGGCGCUGAAGACGCCAACCAGCCCAUCUGGGAAGAUGCCCAGUUGGGUCUGACCCCAGCUGAGUCUCUUGAGGGUGCUAUCUCUCGUGAGCUCGAGGCCGGAGCUCAGGCUUCCCAGGCUACCGCUGUCCCACUUAUGAAGACUGGCAUUCCCCAGGGUACCCGUGCCUCCUCGACCAUCGCUUCCACCCCCGUUGGUGUGGUCGCCUAA